AUGGAGUUGUCAUGGAAACCUCCCAGAGUGACGAAGACUCCUCCAGGCCUUCAUCGCCGCAGCUCGUUCCGGCCGCUGCUGCAGCACCCAGACACCGGCGGCCCUCGGGGGCCCGGCGGUGGCAGCAUCAUGCCGCCGCCUCUCUGUGUUUCCUGCAGGAGAAGGAAGGCGGCGUCCUGCCGUCCUGGAGGAUCUGCUGUUCUCCACCAUGGCAGAGGGACAGGAGGACGUCCCAGCGUGAGUCUCCAGAGGACGGACACGGAGACGCCGUCCGCCUCGCCGUCUCUGCCUUCAGGCUCUGAAAUCCACGGGGCGUCGGACCGGAGACCCUCGGCUCAAAGAGGUCAAGGAGACGCUGAAGGUCGCCAUGGAGACGACCUCAGACGGAGCGCUGGACCGACUCCUCCUCAAGAACUUUUUACUUUCACUAUGACCUUGAAAAGCAUCAAAAUGACUCACAUCAACUGGGACCAGCUUCCCCUCAGCAUGAUGCUGCCUCCUCCAUGUUUGGACCAGAGCUGUCCCCGUAGCGUUUCCAUGGCGACAGCGUUUCUGCUGGUUUCACGUGCAGGUGUAGCAACAGGCCGACGACGAGGCGGUCACCGACCUCAGAACAUUUUACGUUUCUAUUUCAAAUAGUUUCCAGACGUCGAUCAGGAUGUUGAAGAUUUUCAGUUUUAUUUUUCAUCUGAUCUGUUUGAUGAUCUGCAGGAACAGAAGAGAGAAAAAUACUCUGAGUUCAAGUUAGAAGAGUUGAAUUCAGCAGAAAUAUGAAGUACUAGUUUCAUUUAAAAAGCUUUAAAGAGCAUGUUAAUGGGGCAAAAUGUGAUUUUAUUCUGUUGUGGUGAAAAAACUUGAGCUAAAAUGAGACAUGAUAGCAGCUCUAUAGAUUCAGAGCCAAACACUAAAACUUCCUCCGGAUCUGUAGCAUUAAAUCCACUUCAGAACAGAUCCAGACGUCCUGAGCAGAUCCUCCAGAGAAAAGAAACACAAGAUUUGAACUUGGAUCAUUUGUGACUCAGCUGCUUGGAUGUGUGUUUGGCUUUGAAAGGUUUUGUUGUGAAGCAGAAAGUUGAUGAAGUUCACAGUGAAGACGACUUCAGUCCACCUGAAACCUGGUUUCACUCAAACCGUCUGAUUCACUUUAAGGACGGGAAGUUUCUGAUGCAACAGGAAGGAAUAAAAGGUCAAAGUUGAAAUGAAACAGAGAUAAACUCCAUGUUGCUCACAGAUGUGAUGGAUCAGUUUGAACAGCUGUUGUUCCAGGAGAACAGUUUUGUUUUCCAGCUUUUGUUGACGGAUGAAAAUUUGCAUUAGAAGAUGAGAUAAUAACCGACUUUCUAUGGUUUAUUUGUGUGGAUUUAAAGUCGUACAACUUUAAAGAAAAGCAGGAAAACCUUGAGGAGGAACCUGAGCAGCGUUCUGACAGACCAAACACUGAGAGGAACCAGAGUUUGCAUCGUCAAAGUGACGACUGUGAAAUCAUCUGAAUCUUGUGACUCGUUUCCCAUCAAAUCCCAGACAGGAGAAGCAAAGCCUCACGUCUCCAACAUGAAGAUGGAACAGGAUGCAGGACUUCCACCGAGCGUCACGUCACUCACAGCAGAUCAGGAGUCUGGCUCUUCACCUCCACACUACCUAAAACCUGGGACAGCGAGGGGUUAAAGGUCAUCUCCAGCACCUAUAAUGUGCAACAUUUCACUUCAUAUGAGAGCGUCUCAGUUUAGAGGCCAAAACCAGCCAAGAAGCUUCAGAGUUUUCCUGCAACGUAGCGCUGGUCUAUUGGCCUCAGUGAGGCUGGUUUUACUGAAGAUGUGUUCAGGGCAGCAGGAAAAUUCAGCGCUAAUACGGACGGGACCAACGACUCCACCUAUGAUGAUGCUUGGAUAUAAGUUUAUAUGUUCAGAUCUACAUGAGAUGAAACAGUCGAUUUUCAUCACAUAUCAGGACUUUCUCCAUCGGUCACCCUGCCGUCUUUCUGGAUUUAUUCAUUAUUUACAGCAUCAAUGGAAAUUGUUCAACCGGAUUUUUAUCUUUGUUUUAAUUUAAAAUGUUAUAAAGUUAGAUCAAGUCAGCUUCCAUUACUGUCGUUCAAUAAGAGUCACUGCAGGAUUUUAUUCAGUCUAACCAGAAAAACGAUCUUUAAGAGUUUAACACAGCAGCUUUAUUUUAUGAUUUAAAACUGUUUUUAUUAUAUAUAUAACUCCAAACAGUGAAUUAAAAAAUGUCAGGAUAAUAUGUGAGUCAGUAAACUGUCAAUAUGACUCAGGAAGACUGUUAGUUUUUCUCUAAACUCCACAUUAAGUGGAUAUUAAAUGUAAACAAUGCAGCAUUAUCAGGACUGUAGUUCCCACUAUGGCCACCAGAGGGCGGAAAUUCCCCGCUCUGAAUAUAGAGGUGAGUUUGUAGAGCUGCAGCUGGUUUCUGAUUUCUGUUAAGUUGAUCACGUUUAUAUCUUUCUUAUUAUAAAUAUUAAUAAUAUUAUGGUCUGUCUAAUGGACUGACAGUUGAUUUAAUAUAUAGAUGUUUUAUUUACAUACAUUCUCUGCGUUUCCGGUUUAGUGAGAAGAAUAUUAAUGAAAUAUUUUUUUUUCUAGAAAACAGUAUAAUUACGAUAAUUGUGCUUCAGAGCCCAAUUAUAUAAUUUAUAAAACAUCCUAAUAAAAUUACAGCCUUAUGCUUUCUGAUAAUAUAAUAAACUAACGAGCUAAAAUGUACUGAGGAGAAUUUAGUUCCUUGUGUUUUACUUUGAAAGAAUCCACAGGAAGUGCUUUUCACAUAUCAGCUCUCUAGCUUUACUCUAGUUGUUGUAGUUACACACCGAGUCCACUAGGGGGCAGAAGGCUAAGUUAGCAGUUAGCUAGUUUCCCGCUCCUGAUCGGCUAAUGAAGCCCUUGUUGCUUUCUUCGUGUUUCUGCUGUUUUAUUUCUUAAAUCUUCUUUCUACUUUAACAUGAAAUCAAUGUUUUAUCUGUCAGUGUGAACUAGAAGCAGCUCCACAGAGAUGAAAACAGCCCGCAGAGACUCUGAGCGGAGCUAGCGAUGCUAACGAUGCUAACAG